AUGGCACGAUCAUACUUUUGGUGGCCAUCGAUCGAUUCAGAUAUUGAACGUACAGCUAAAAGUUGUACUCUAUGUUUAGAAAGUAGACCUGAACCACAAAAAUGUAUUUUAACGAAAUGGCCUAAAUCAUUACAAGUUUUUGAGCGCAUUUAUUUGGACUAUUUGGGUCCUAUUAAUAAUAAAAUGUCCUUAAUCAUAAUAGAUUCUUAUAGCAAGUGGCCAGAAGUGUUUGAGGUAGACAAUGCUGAAACAUUCUAUACCUUAGAGAAACUUAAAGAAACAUUUGCUAGAUUCAGUCUUCCUGACACUAUUGUUUCUGACAAUGAUACUCCCUUUACAACAAUUGAAUUCAUCAAAUUCUGUGAAACGAAUGGCAUUAAACACUUGACUUCUCAUCCGUUCUACCCUGGAAUAACUAGAGAAGUGAGAAACUACAAAGGUAAAAUAGACAAUAAAAGAUUUGAAAUUGGAGAGAAUGUGUACAUUAGAGACUACAGCAAACCAAAUAAAAAAAAUUGGAAAGGCAUUUAUUUCAAACGACAUGUUGACCAAAUAUUCAAAUUAGGUACAUUCUAUGAGGUAGUAGGUUUAAACAAAAAAAUCAAUGAUUAUGAUAUCAAACAAAAAAUCUGUGCAAAAUGGAGUAUUAUAACACCACAAGAAAAAGGUGAUGAGAAUAUAGUAGUACCAUUGGAAAUUAAUAAAAAAAUUAAUGAUGAGGAAGUACAUAUGCAGAGUGAAAUUAAAGUUCUAGAAGUAAUGGAAAAUAAAAAUACCAGACCAAAAAGAACCAUAGUUAAACCAGAUUAA